GACAAUAACAUUUCCAUCUAACGUCAAGGUCGGGAACAAAAUGGAAAUUGCAAGAUAAUAACAUGAACAACUUUCAAAAUAUUAUUAGAUAAAUUUUAUCGGGUAAAUCGUUAUGUUUUUUUUGAAACGAUUUUAUGACAUCAAAACAGUAAAGGCUUUUCUGAGGUGCUACAGUUUAAGCAGAAAAAAUCAUUAUGAAGUCCUCAAUUUACGAAAAAAUUGCUCCGAUAAAGAAAUCAAAGAAGCGUUCAUACAAAUGAGCAAAGAAUUCCAUCCUGAUAAAAACAAAGAUGUAAGGGCACAGGAAAAGUUUGUGCGUAUUGUGGAGGCGUACAAUGUGCUUGGGAAACCAACAAGUCGUGCGCACUAUGACAACAUGAUAGAGAUAGAAACUACUGGGUCCUCUUAUGUGUACAGAUCACAUGUAGCACACAAUAUACGGAGGAACCCACAGUACAGCUACUACUAUGAAUCCCAUGCAAGGACGUCUAACAGAACUACGAAUGAAAACACAAAUAAUAAUUUCUAUGGCGUGGCUGGCAUAAAGAAAUUACCAAACUAUGUCAUCAUUGCUAUGUGUACUGGGGUGGCCCUGAUUGGAGUUUUCCUGCAAGUGUUUGUAAUAAGAAAUUUAUACAUAGCACAGCGUAAACAAGCUCAAGAGAAGUCUCAACGUCUUGCAGAAGAAUUGGACAAAGUCCGGGCUGCAGCUCAGACAAAUGGAAAUGAGUUGCAGACUCGUCUACUACUUGACAAGAUCGUGGCAGCGGCGAACCCGACAGUCGCUACAGCGUCAUUAGGACAGGCUCUGGCGAACGAAAAGAAAAAUUCGUCGGAGGCUUUGCUCACGGAAUUAGGAUUGACGGAAAAGGCGAAACGCGCAGAAGAUUGGUCGUAUUCAACGAAAAACGAUUCACAAAUGCAAAACUUCAUCAAAAAACUUAUGUCAUCAUUAUUAUAAACUCAAUAUACAUAAUAUUAUGAACUAUUUUACAAUACCUAGUAUCUUGGAACUUACCUACAUAACUGGGUGUGUCAUCUUACAGGUUUGCUACGUAAAAUCUUCGUUGGUAGCUGAAACUUUUGUUUUAAAACUAAGUUAAAUUGGUCCUGUAAGCAAUUUGUAGAUUACUGUAACGUAAAGUCGAAUAUUAUAUACAUUUUUACAUAUA